UAAUCACCUCAAGAAACAACAUGAACAUGAAGGGGUUUGCAUCUUUAGCUUUUUUAAUUAUUCUGGAGAUUUCCAAGACUGAGAGUCAAGAUGUACGAGUGAAGCUUUGUGGUCGUGAGUUCAUUCGGAUGGUGGUCACAUCGUGUGGAAGCUCGAGACUCAAAAGGAAUUCACCUGAUUCAGACCUUCACUUCGCAAACCCCCAUAGGAAUCUACAAAACUGGCUCAACAGCGCCCUCGUUGCGCAGAAAGGGACCCUGACUGCUGAGGAGGAGCAGUGGAGGGAGCACGAAUCCCCCGAGAGCGCGGCAGAGCAUCUAGUCCCCGACCAGCAGCACAUAAGCCCACCAGCAGAGCAUCUGGAACACUCCAGCACUGUGCAGGAUCUCAGGAUGUCCUCCAGGACCCGCCGUGAUGUCGGGCCAGCGGGCGUCUGCUGCACUUCAGGAUGCACUAUGAGUGAACUGAUUCAAUACUGCUAAACUCACACAAGCUCUCCUAGGACGGAUAUAGAGCCCUAAAGAGGUCCUGAAGCUGCCUGUGGUAUAAUCAAUUAUGUUUCAUUAAACACUGCAUCUAAGUUA